AUGAAUGAACCAGACAUAUUUAGCAAAACAUAUAGAGAUGGGGUUAAAUGUUUUAUGAAUUAUGCAGCUACAUAUGGUAAUUCGGACACAACAUGUUCUUGCCCAUGCUCUAAGUGUCAAAAUGGGAAACGUUUGGAAAUGUGGGAAGUGAGGAAACAUAUUUCUGAGAAGGGUAUUGAUAGGAGUUAUGUUGUUUGGUUCUUUCAUGGAGAAAAAGAGGGUGAUAGUACGAUAAGACGUCCAAGUGGUAAUUUUAUACCAACUGAAAUGAAUGAUGAGCAAGCUAGAGAAGGUGUAAUAGAAGAUUUGGGUUCCUUUGUCGAUGCUGCUUAUGGAGUUUUUGAUCGGGGUGAUGGUGUUAGUGGUAAUGAAGAAGUUGAAACUGAAGAAUUUGUUCCUGAACCAGAUUUGGGGAAGCGAUAUUACAGGUACAAACAGUUGUCUGAAGACAAGUUGUAUCCUGGUUGUAAUACUAGCAUCCUAGCUGCAAUUGUGGAGCUGCACAAUGUGAAGAAAACAUAUAUUUCAGCUAACUGUGUAAAUAGUUUGUUGGGUGUGAUAAAGGGUUGGUUGCCGAAAGGAAACAAUUUGCCAGUAAAAUACACAGCGAUGAAGUCGAUGCUCAAAGAUCUGGGGAUGAAAGAAAAGUCGAUUCAUAUGUGUGAGAAUCAUUGUAUUUUGUAUUACAAAGAGAAUGAAGAUUUGACAAGCUGCCCGGAAUGCCUCGCACCAAGAUAUAAGGUUAAGGUUGAUAAAUUUGGGGAAGAGCUUUCAUCGAACGAGCCUUCCAAGGUAUUGAGAUAUUUUCCCCUUGGGCCAAGGCUCAAGAGAUUAUAUACGGUACCUUGGAUAGCACGUGCAAUGACAUGGCACGAUCGAGCAGAAGUUUCUACAGAUUAUAUGCGUCAACGGUUGAUUCAUCUCAAUGUGGUUGUGUACAAUCUUCCUCCUUCCUUGUGCAUGAAACCUGAGUUCCAAAUCAUGAUGAUGUUGAUUCCUGGGCCUAAGGCACCGGGGAAAGAUAUUGAUGUAUGUCUCCGUGUGCUAGUAGACGAGCUGAAAGAUCUGUUUGAGAAUGGGAUAUCAGCUUUUGAUACACACAAAGAAGAAUCAUUUCAGCUGAGGGCUACUUUAAUGUUUGGUAUUCAUGACUUGCCAGCACAAGGUAAUAUGUCUGGAUGUACCACGCACGGCUAUUUCGCAUGUGUACAUUGUGCAGACAAGGCUCGAAGUGUGUAUCUGUUAUACGCAAGAAAGAAUUUUUACCCUAAUUAUCGGAUAUACCUCAGGGGUAAUCAUCCUUUAAGGAAGGGAGAGAACUUGGGAUUAGAAACUAAUGAAACUAAAAAUGCUCCAAAGCGACUGUCAGGAAAGAAGUCGUUGGAGAAACUAGCAAAUGUGACUUACAAACCUGGUAAAUUGGUAGUAAGAAGCAAGGCGCUGAAAAGAAAGAGAUAUGAUCCCGAUGCCGAUGAUGAUCCUUAUGGCGAUGGUGUUGACGAAGAACUUACCGGUGCAUUCUAUAAGGAGUCCAUCUUUUGGGAACUGAAGACCUAUCGUAUCCUGUAUUUCCGUCAUUGUGUAGAUGUAAUGCACACUGAGAAGAAUGUAAUGGAGCAUAUACUUGAGACGAUCUUUGAUAUUGGUAAUAAGUCUAUGAAAUCGUGGAAUGCAAGGGAUGAAUUGAAUAAGCUUGGCUUGCAUUGUGGACAGUGGACUACCAGUAAACCUGGGAGCGCAGUUUCUGGAAAACCAAUAUUUGUCUUAAGCAAAGCUGAGAAGGAAUCAUUUUGCAAGAUUCUUAAAGACCUCAAAUUCCCUUCUGGUUUUGCGUCGAACCUGAGCAACAAUGUUAAUACAAAGAAUUCAAGUUUCAGUAACUUCAAAUCCCAUGACUAUCACGUCAUUAUGGAGUAUUUGCUACCUGUUUGUCUUCAGCAUGCUUUUCCAAAGCACCCUGAACUGCGUCGCGCACUUCACCAGUGUUCACCUCAUGGUUCAUUUGGAUGA